GACGUGUAGGAUUGUAGCGUACUUCAAAAAGACCGCCGUCCAUUCAUCAAGCGAAUAUUAAUUGAAAGCGACACGCACCGAUUGGCUAGUUUAUUUUUAAUCUCGACACGCCCCCAAAACCGUAAACAUGAGUGCAUACGACGAGGAUCUUCUCGACGAAGAGGACGAGGAAACCCCGAUGGCGGAAAGAGAUUUAGCAGAAGAUGCUCAGUGGAAGAAAAUCCAAAAGAAUACCUUUACAAGAUGGGCGAACGAGCAUUUGAAGACUGUCGACAAGUCAAUAACAGAUUUGGAGGCGGAUUUGUCCAACGGUUUGAGGCUUAUUGCACUGGUUGAAGUUUUGUCAGGCAAGAAAUUCAAGUCCAUUAACAAGAGACCAAAUUUCCGUACUCAAAAGUUGGAAAAUGUUACCAAGGCAUUGGAAUUUCUUGAAAAGGAUGAAGGAAUUAGAAUUGUCAAUAUCGAUUCUGGAGAUAUUGUGGACAGUAAAAUGAAGUUGAUCCUGGGUUUAAUAUGGACCCUUAUUUUACAUUAUUCCAUCUCCAUGCCCAUGUGGGAGGGAGAAGAGGAACAACCCCAGGAAGGUGGACCCACACCAAAACAAAGAUUGCUCAACUGGAUUCAGGGCAAGGUGCCCGACUUGCCAAUCAAAAACUUCACCACUGACUGGAAUGACGGCAAGGCCAUUGGUGCCUUGGUAGAUGCCCUUGCUCCAGGUUUGUGCCCUGAUUGGGAGGAUUGGGACCCCAAGAAAGCCAAACAGAAUGCCAAGGAAGCCAUGGAUGCUGCAGAGAAAUGGCUAGAUGUACCACAGCUGAUUAAGCCAGAUGAAAUUACAAACCCAAAGAUUGAUGACCUCAGUAUGAUGACCUACCUAUCACAGUUCCCCAAGGCUAAGUUGAAGCCUGGCGCACCACUCAGACCCCGUGUCAAUGCUGGUAAAGUACGAGCCUAUGGACCAGGUCUUGAGCCAAAAGGCAACCAUGUUGGUGCACCUGCCAAGUUCACAGUGGAAACAUUCAGUGCUGGAAAAGGAGAACUGGAACUUUUAGUUCUUGAUCCUAAAGGACAACAAACACCAUGCAUUAGCACCUUCAAUAAAGAUAGGAACCAGACUUAUUCCUGCUCAUACACGCCAACCUUUGAAGGAGAGUAUCGUGUCAUCAUAAAAUGGGCAGAGAAAGAGAUUCAUAAAUCACCGUGGAAAGUUCUCGUAGAGGGCGCUGCAGGAGAUGCUAGCAAAGUUACAGCUUCCGGUCCCGGUCUUGAAAAGACAGGAGUUGUUGUCGGAAAGAAAACAUAUUUUGAAGUGUUUACAAAAGGUGUUCCUGUGAAAGGUCGUUUGCCAACUAGUAAAUUGCCAUCAACCAGUGAUGCUGGUAAAGGAACUGUAGAGGUAACAAUCAUGGACCCCGCAGGUCACCGUGACAAGGUUAAGCCUACAGUUCACCCAAUAAACAAAGACGGAGUGGUUCUUGUUGAAUACACAGCCGUGGAAGUAGGCCUUCACUCUAUUUCCAUCACAUUUAGUAGUAAAGCUAUUCCAAAGAGUCCAUAUGGAGUCAAUGUCGGACCGGCCAUCAACCCAAAAGCCGUAUACGCUACCGGAAGGGGUAUUCAGCCACGCGGAGUCAGGGUUAAACAGAAUGCUGAAUUCAAAGUUCAUACAAAGGAUGCCGGAAAGGGAGAGGUCAAAGUUCAAAUCAUCGGUCCAGGUGGUGUAAACUUGAACUGUAAGGUGACCCCAUCAAAGACAGAAGAAGGCGUUUAUGAGUGCCUGUACAUUCCCCCCAAAGUAGGUCAAUAUGUCAUCAACAUUACCUUCGGUGGCCAGCACAUCACCAAGAGUCCAUUCCGUGUUGAUGUUGGACCAGAAAAGUUCUCAAAGAUUGUUGCAUUCGGACCUGGACUGGAAGGAGGUGUGGUUAACCAGCCAGCUUGUUUCACUGUGGAAACCAAUGGCGAAGUUGGUGCUCUUGGAUUUUCAAUUGAGGGACCAUCCCAGGCUAAGAUUGAUUGUAAAGACAAUGGAGAUGGAUCAGCUGACGUGACUUACUGGCCGACACAGCCAGGAGAGUAUGCCGUCCACAUCUUGUGUAACGAUGAGGAUAUACCACAAGCUCCAUACAUGGCACAGAUCCAACCUGCAACCACUGACUUUGAUGCCUCUAAGGUCAUUGCUAAGGGUCCUGGUUUGGAGAAGGAUGGAGUUACUGUUGGUAAGCCAGCAGAGUUCACUGUAGAUGCCAGGAAAGCAGGCAAAGCUCCUCUCCAUAUCACAUGUAUUGAUGCCACUUAUAAACCUGUUGAGGUUACAGUAAAGGACAACAAGGACGGCACCUUCUCGUGCAAGUACACAGCAAAGUCCGCCGUACGUCACACCAUCAUCAUCACCUGGGGAACUGUCGGAAUUCCAAAGAGUCCUUUCAGGGUAAAUGUUACAGUGGAAUGUAAUCCAGGAAAGGUGAAGGUCUAUGGUCCAGGUGUAGAGAAGGGAGUUAAAACCUAUGUCAAGACAUACUUCACUGUUGACUGCAGGGCAGCCGGUCCAGGAGAUGUAGCUAUUGCUCUCACUGAUGACAAGGGCAAGGAUGUUCCCUGCAACACCAUUGACAACAAAGAUGGCACAUUCACUGUUGAGUACGAGCCCAAAACACCCGGCACCUACACAGUGCAGGUGUACUUUGCCACCAAAGAAGUACCACAGUCACCAAUCAAGGUCAAGGUUGAAUCCAGCAUUGACCUCAGCAAGGUCACAGUGAAGGGACUUGAAACGCCCAUUCCGCUGGGCGAAACGCGUAAAAUCACCAUAAUAACAACUUCUGAGAAGAAGAAAGACCUUCCUUGCAAGGUUACCGUGACAACGCCAAAGAAUAAAACAGUUGAGCUUACACCAAAGAAAGCACCAGAUGGUUACACAUGUGACUUCAAGCCCCUUGAGUCAGGGCCACAUAAAGUUACCAUUACAUAUAAUAAUAAACCUGUGCCCGGCUCGCCGUUUGAUGUGGAGGUAACAACAGGUGGCAAGACAUUACCAGGCAUUCAGGUCAAAGGUCUUGAAACACCGGUUGAGGUAGGGGAGGCAAGGCCUAUCAGUAUCAUUACAACAUCCAUGCCAAAGAAAGAUGCCCCUUGCAAGGUGACUGCUACAAAUCCUAAAGGCAAAACUGUUGAGUUGCCUGUAAAGAAAAGUCCCGAGGGUUAUACAACCACUUGGACACCCUCCGAUCAAGGUCCGCACAAGGUUGCUGUUGAUUAUGAUAAGAAACCUGUGCCAAACUCUCCAUUCCCUGUUGAAGUUGUCCCCAAAGGAUCAAAAGGCCCUGCUAAAGAUAAACCCACAGGGGAAGUAACUGUGAAAGGCCUUGAUACACCAAUUCAGACUGGUGAAAAGAGAAUGGUUACCGUGGUAACAACCAGUGCACCAAAGAAGGAUGCACCAUGCACUGUAACAACAAUCAAUCCUAAAGGUCGCAGUACUACUUUAAAAACUAAGCCAGUGACUGAAGGUUAUGAGGGAGUUUUCUCCCCUUGGGAUACUGGGGUACAUAAAGUCAAAGUCGAAUAUGAUGGGCAGGAGAUCCCUAAUUCACCUUUUGAAGUUGAAGUGUACAAAAUCAAUAUAUCUGCUGUUGUUGUGAAGGGACUUGAAAAACCAAUUCCUCUUGGUGAAACAAGAAAGAUUAGUAUCAUUACAAAAGACGCUGGUAAAUCUGACCUUCCCUGCAAAGUCAUUGUGACCACACCUAAAGGUCAAACUGAAGAAAUCCCUACAGAAAAAUCCCCAGAGGGUUACACUAGUGACUUUACCCCAAAAGAGCCCGGGGAGCACAAAGUGAAAGUAGAAUACGCUACAAAAGAAGUGCCGAAAUCACCGUUUACAGUCUCCGUUGAAGUUUCCGAAAUCCAGCCUAAAAAGGCUGGGAAACCAACAGAAGCAGCCCCUGAGAAAAUUGAACCCAAGAAAGCUGCGCCAACUAAAGCUGCACCUGGUGAAGGCGGAGUUACUGUUAAAGGCCUUGAUACCCCUGUUUCUCCCGGCGAGAAACGUCCUGUUCUUGUUGACACAACAAAAGCACCAAAGAAAGACGCUCCUUGUAAACUAACUAUGACCAAUCCUAAAGGUCGCUCUGUUGAACUGAAAACAAAACAAGUUCCCGAUGGUUACGAAACCACCUUUUCCUCAUGGGAUAAAGGCACUCACAUUAUUAAAGUUGAAUAUGAUGGUAAAGAGAUACCAGAGUCGCCUUUCAAUGUAGAGGUCGAGAAAAUUGAUGUAUCGAAAGUCAGUGUCAAAGGUCUCGAUACUCCCAUACCUCUUGGGGAAACAAGGAAGGUUACUAUACUUACACACGAGACAGGACGAGCAGAUGCGCCUUGCUCUGUUGUUUCCACAUCCCCUAAAGGGAAAACAGAAGAAAUACCUACUGAGAAAAUCCCUGAAGGAUAUGUCUGUAAUUUCACACCUAAAGAGAAAGGUGACCACAAGGUCAAAGUCACAUACGCAGGAAAAGAAGUUCCAAAUUCACCAUUCAGUGUUAAUGUUGAGGCAUUAGAUAUAUCUGGCGUAAAAGUUAAAGGCCUUGAAAAAUCAAUUAUGGUUGGUGAAAAGCGUACAAUAUCAAUUAUUACAACAUCCACUGGAAAGAAAGACCUUCCCUGUAGAGUACAUGUCACUAAUCCUAAAGGGGUCACAACUGAAUUGUUCACAAGUACGACCCCUGAAGGUCACGAGACAUUUUUCACACCAACUGACCUUGGAAAACACACUGUUACUGUUGAGGUUGCUGGACAGGAAGUGCCGGGCUCGCCAUUCCCUGUGACUGUUACCAAGUUUGAGCAGAGAAUUGAUGUUGAGGGCUUAGAUACCCCAUUGACAAUGGGUGAGAAAAGAGAUAUUGCAGUGUUGGUCACAGCACCUGCUAAACCGAACAGAUUUGCGCCUGAACCUACUUGUAAAAUCACUGUGGCAAACCCUAAGGGAAGAAACUUUGAACCAAAAAUGGACAAAACCCCUAAAGGGUUCAAAACUUUCUACCAGUCGAAUGAGCCAGGGCCCCAUAUUUUCAAGGUUGAAUACAAUGGGAAAGAGAUUCCUGAUUCUCCAUUCACUUGUGAAGUUGAGAAACUGGAGAUCAGAAAGGUUGAUGUUAAAGGCCUUGAAACACCAAUUGAGGUAGGAGAACAAAGACCAAUUCAGGUGAUUACCAAAGACUGUGGCAAACCUGAUGCACCUUGCAAGGUCACGGCAGUUGCUCCUAAAGGAGACACUAAAGAUCUUCCCACAAAGAAGAUUCCUGAAGGUUUCGAGACACUUUACGCCCCAUUGGAGGUUGGUCCUCACAAGAUCAAAGUGGAAUAUGCAAACCGCGAAGUUCCCAAGUCUCCUUACCCUGUUGAAGUCCAGCCUAAAUCAGGAAAACCUAAAGAAACACCUGUUACUGUCAAGGGCUUAGAAACACCGGUCACUGUUGGUGAAAAGAGACCAAUCACCGUGACAACUGGAAAACCAGACGCCCCUUGCAAAGUCACUGCAACCAAUCCUAAAGGCAAACCAUCUGACGUUCCAACAAAGAAACUUAAAGAUGGCUAUGAAGCAACUUUCGCACCAUUGGAAGAAGGUCCUUACAAGGUCAAGGUUGAAUAUGCUGGAAAAGAGGCCCCUGGGUCGCCUUUCGCUGUUGAGGUGAAACCAAAGACUGACCUUUCGAGUAUUGAAGUCAAGGGACUUGAAACUCCAAUUCAACCAAAUGAAAAGAGAAAGAUUUCCAUUAUCACAAAAGCAUCCAAAACACCUAAUGCUCCAUGUAAAGUCGUUGCAUUGAACCCAUUGGGAAAACCAACUAAUUUACCCACUCAGAAAACUAAAGACGGUUAUGAGGCUACAUUUGCCCCAUUGGAAACUGGGCCACACUUGAUCAGGGUUGAUUUUGACAAUAAAGAACUACCAAAGUCGCCAUACCCAGCAAAUGUAGAGCUUGCUUGUGACAUUUCUAAGGUUGAUAUAAAGGGAUUAGAGAAACCUGUGGAGGUAGAUGAAUUUAGACCCGUCAAGGUCAUUACCAAAGAUACGGGCAAUGAGGAUGCCCCUUGCAAAGCAUCGUGCAUCGUGCCUUCGGGUCGCACUUUUAUGUUGCCCACAAAGAAAGUUCCCGAAGGGUAUGAGGUCAUGUUUCACCCCACAGAACAAGGUCCACAUAAGCUUCACUUUGAUGUCGCUGGAAAGGAAGUGCCUAAAUCUCCUGUUUCAACAAAUGUUCAACCUAAAUUAGAUAUCAAAAAGUUACAAGUUAAGGGGUUAGAAAAGCCCAUAAUGUUGGGAGAAACACGACCAAUUUCGAUCGUAACUGCUCAAACUGGGAGACCUGAUCUCCCAUGUAAGGUCUUAGCCAAAGGUCCAAUCAACCCUUAUCAAGAACUUCCGACUAAAAAAACAAAAGACGGGCUUGAAUGCGAAUUUACACCAACUGAAAGUGGAGACAGCUAUGUUAAAGUUAUAUAUGGGGAAAAGGAGGUUCCCAAAUCUCCGUACUAUGUAGAUGUGCAAUCCCCUGUUGAUAUAACUAAAGUUCAAAUAAAGGGGCUUGAAAAGCCUGUGGAAGUUGGAGAGACACGCCCCAUCACCAUAGAUACGACAUCGACUGGGAAGCCCGAUGCCCCUUGUAGGGUGUCUGUUACAAACCCCAAGGGUAAAACGGCUGAAUUGCCGGCUAAAACCUCGCCAGAAGGAUAUCAGACUCUCUUUGCUCCUCUUGAACCUGGUCCGCAUGUAGUUAAUGUUGAGUUCGCUGGCCAGAAAGUGCCAGAUUCACCUUUCAAUGUCGAUGUAAUGCCGGCCGCUGAAGUGGGCGCCGUGCAGGUUACCGGACUUGAUACUCCUGUGGAAGUUGGUGAAGCCCGCCCUGUUCAGAUCAACACUACUAAAACUGGAAAACCAGAUGCUCCAUGCCGCGUCACAGCAACAACGCCAAAGGGUGUCACUGCUGAACUACCCACUCAGCAAACACCAGAAGGCUACCAGACUGUUUUCGCCCCACUUGAAGAGGGCCCACAUAAGGUCAAUGUAAAUUAUGCUGGAAAAGAAGUUCCAAAAUCACCUUUCACUGUUCAGGUUGAACCUGCUUGCGAUACUGGAAAGGUUGAGGUUAUGGGAUUAGAGACUCCAAUCAAGGUUGGAGAGCCACGUCCAAUCACCAUUAUGACCUCUACAACUGGCAAACCUGAUGCCCCAUGCAAGGUCAAUGUAACAAACCCCAGAGGUCAAACUGUGGAGUUGCCAACACGUAAGAUACCAGAAGGCUAUACAGCCACUUUGGCCCCACAGGAAGUGGGUCCACAUCGCGUAAAUGUUAACUUCAAUGGCAAAGAGGUGCCAAAAUCACCUUUCAAUGUCAUGGCUGAACCGACCAUUGAUUUCAGCAAGGUGAAGGUCACUGGACUUGAGAAACCUGUUGAGGUUGGAGAGAUCCGCCCCGUCACCAUAGAGACAGCCCAGACUGGUGUAGUAGAUGCUCCAUGCCAAGUCACCGCCACAAAUAAAGUUGGACAAGUUAGAGAGCUCCCUCUCAAACCAACACCACAGGGAUACGAGGCACAGUUUGCUCCCUUGGAAGAAGGCGAACACUUGGUGGCUGUAAAAUAUGCUGGAAAAGAAGUGCCAAAAUCACCAUUCCCAGUUAAGGCUGUACGUCCAUCUGAAAUGGUAAAGGCCUAUGGUCCAGGUCUUGAACGUGGUGUGUCUGAGGAGCCGUGCAAGUUCACAAUUGACACAAGGGAGGUUACUCAACCAGGUGGCAUUGGUGUCACAGUUGAAGGCCCAGCUGAAAGCAAGAUUGAGUGCCGUGACAACCAAGAUGGGACCUGUGAUGUCACAUAUUACCCAGAAGUUCCUGGGGAGUACAACAUCAAUGUUACAUAUGCUGAUGAGCAUAUACCAAAGUCACCAUUUAAGUCACAGGUGGUACCAAGUGGAAAGAUUGACGUCAGCAAAGUUCGAGCCUAUGGUCCAGGGUUGGAGCCCGGCGUGUUCCUUGACUCACCAACUGGAUUCACUGUUGAUGCCAAAUCUGUGGCACCAACAGGGGAUGGUAAAGUGCGCGCCAUCGUCACCAGCCCCAGCGGUCAAAGAACCGAGAGUCUUGUUAAAAACAACAACGACGGAACCUAUGAUGUUCUUUACACACCAUACGAACAAGGUCCUAACACCAUCGAUGUUACAUAUGAGAACAUCCCAAUCCCACAGUCUCCAAUCAAUGUCAAUGCCACACCCGGAUGUGACGCGAACCGCGUCAAGGCUUACGGUCCAGGUCUCGAGGGAGGAAACACAGACAACAAGCAGGUGUUUACUGUAGAUGUGAAGGGAGCUGGACAGGGUGGUCUUGCUCUGGCUAUUGAUGGUCCAGCCGAGACUCAGAUCAACUGUAAAGACAACAGAGAUGGUACCUGUGAGGUCGAGUAUGUACCCGUUAAGAAAGGAGAUUAUGACAUCACCGUCAAAUUUGCUGAUCAACAUAUUCCAGGUUCUCCGUUCCAUGUUGGAAUCACAGAUCUUGUCAACCCCAACAAGGUGCGCUGCUAUGGUCCCGGCCUUGACUCCAAUGAGGUGUUUGCCGGCAAGCCAGCUACCUUUACCGUGGAUGCCACCGACGCUGGACAAGCUCCACUUGAUGUUACAUACACAGAUCAAACAGGCCAGAAACAGCCAGCUGAUAUCAUACCUGUAAGUGAAGGCAAGUACGAAUGUACUUAUUACCCAGUGGAUGAGGGAAAAUGCCAGGUAGAUGUUACAUAUGCCAACCAACAGGUGCCAAACAGUCCAUUCAAAAUGCAAGUACAGCCAGGCUCACCAGCUGACAAGGUAUUUGUCCAAGAUGGCUGUAAACCAACAGUCCUUGCCAGUUUACCAGAACAAUUCACAAUUGACACUCGUCAAGCAGGUGUACCAGGCGAUAUUGACGUGGUUAUUCAGAGACCCGAUGGUUCAUUCAUUCGUCCAAUGAUCCAAGACAACAAAGAUGGAACUUAUACUGUACAGUACACACCAGAAGACUGUGGUCCAUACAAUAUCAGUAUCACAUUCAAUGGUGAACCAAUCAAAGAAGCUCCAUUUCGCACCACUGCCAUACCAACUGGUGAUGCCUCCAAAUGCAAAAUUACAGAUGGACUACAACAGACAAUACCAGUUGAGAAAGAGACUUCAAUCACUGUUGAUGCCUCCCAGGCAGGCACUGGUAAGGUGACUUGCCGCAUCCGAAGUCCAACAGGUGCCGAGAUCGAUAUUGACAUCGUUGAAAAUACCGACGGUACAUUCGCCAUCUUGUUCACACCAGCAAACCCUGGUGACUAUAGUAUCAGCAUCAAGUUUGGUGGACAGAGCAUCCCCGAGGGUGAAUACAUCAUACAGGCUGUUGAUGAUGCAGAAUGGCAGGAUUAUCUACGUAAACAUCCUCCGGUGGGUGAGGACCUUAUUACCGCAGACCAGGUUGACAGUACCCAAGCUGCCCCUGGAUUGUAUGCACCACAGGAGUUCCGUAUUCCAGUUGGACCCAUCUUCAACUUUGUUACUGCCUAUAUAACCAUGCCGUCUGGAAAGAAAGCAUACCCCAAGAUUGAGGACAACAAAGAUGGCACCGUUACCGUUAGAUACCAGCCACAGGAAGUUGGACUCCAUGAACUUCACCUUUGCUACAACCAGCAAGAAAUUAGUGGCAGUCCAUUCCAGUUCCAUGUUGAUGCAGUUGACAGCCGUUUUGUGACUGCUUAUGGUCCAGGUUUGAGCCACGGUGUUGUCGGUGUACCUGCUGAGUUCACCAUAGUUACCAAGGAUGCUGGUGCUGGUGGUUUGUCUCUUGCUAUCGAGGGUCCAUCAAAGACCGAGAUUAAAUGCAAGGACAACGAGGACGGAACAUGUACAGUCACCUACGUACCAACAGCUCCUGGAGAGUAUAAUAUCACUGUUAAAUUUGCCGACAAAAACAUCUCUGGAUCACCUUUCGUUGCUAAAGUCACAGCUGGAGAACCGAAACAGAAAGCCCAGAUUGGUCGCAGCAGUGAGGUCAGCCUCAAGAUUACAGAGACUGAUAUAACCAACCUUACCGCCUCCAUCAGGAGCCCAUCUGGCAAGGAGGAACCAUGUAUGUUGAAACGUCUACCCAACGGACAUUUAGGAAUCUCUUUCACACCAAGAGAGACAGGUGAACACUUGGUUAAUGUAUACAGAAAUGGUCAACACAUUGCCAACAGUCCAUUUACCAUCAUGGUUGGUGAGACUGAGCUUGGUAACGCUGGCAAGGUCAAGGUCUAUGGCAAGGGUCUCGAGGAAGGAAUGGCCAAUGAGAUCAAUGAGUUCAUUGUUGACACCAGAGAAGCAGGAUAUGGUGGUCUCAGUCUAUCUAUUGAAGGCCCCAGCAAGGCUGAUAUUGAAUGUCACGAUAAUGAAGACGGAACAUGCAGGGUCACAUAUAAACCCACCGAGCCUGGAACUUAUAUCAUCAAUAUCAAAUUUGCCGAUGAACAUGUACCAGGCAGUCCAUUCAAGGUUAAGAUUGGAGGGGAACCAUCGGAGCGUGUCAUUGAGAGGAUUAUGAGACACAGGGAAGCAGUCGAUGUCAGUCAUGUCGGUAGCGAGUGCGAACUUAGCCUUAAGAUUCCAGCAUCAUUCCUUAUGAGAAUGAUGGGAUAUAGUGUUAGCCAGACAACUCAAAAAGGUACCAGUCCAUUUGACAUGUCUGCCUCUAUAACCAGUCCAUCAGGAAUUACGGAACUUUGUGAUGUGGUCAGCUUGGAUGACUGUCACUACAGCAUCAAGUUUGUUCCCAAGGAGAUGGGUAUUCAUACAGUCAGUGUAAAACACAAGGAAAUGCACAUCCCAGGCAGUCCCUUCCAGUUCACUGUAGGACCCAUCGCUGGUGGAGGUGCUCACAAGGUUCAUGCCGCUGGACUUGGUCUGGUGCGCGGAGAAGUCAAUCAGCCAAAUGAGUUCAAUAUCUACACACGUGAAGCUGGUGCAGGAGGUCUAUCUAUCGCUGUUGAAGGUCCAUCAAAGGCCGAGGUGGAUUUCGAGGACAGGAAAGAUGGAUCAUGUGGUGUCACAUACCAAGUUACAGAGCCAGGAGAGUAUAUGGUAUCAAUUAAGUUCAAUGAUGAGCACAUCCCAGAGUCUCCUUUCCGUAUACCAAUUACACCAAGUAUCGGAGAUGCCAGGAAAGUUUCUGUACAAGCUCUCCAGAGCAAGGGAUUAGCUAUUGGCAAGCCAUGCUCAUUUGUUGUCAACUUUAAUGGUGCACCAAAGGGCAAGCUACAGGCACGUAUAAUCACACCAUCUGGCUCUGAGGAUGAUGCUUUGGUACAAGAAAUUGAUGAAGGAGAAUAUGCUGUAAGAUUUAUCCCAAGAGAAAAUGGCCCCCACUUAGUAUAUAUAUCAUUUGAUGGUUGCCAGAUCCCCGACAGUCCAUUCAGAAUCCAGGUUGGCACAGUGCACGCUGACCCAGGAAUGGUACAGGCUUAUGGUGAUGGACUGAAAACUGGAAAAACUGGUCAGACAGCCAAGUUUAUUGUGAACACAGUAAAUGCUGGAUCAGGUGCAUUGUCAGUGACCGUUGAAGGUCCGUCUAAGGUCAAACUUGAGUGCCGUGAAGUGGAAGAUGGCUACGAGUUCACAUACAACCCUACAGCACCAGGAGAUUAUAUGAUCACUAUUAAAUAUGCAGGAACCAACAUUGCCGGCAGCCCGUUCAAGGCCAGAAUUGAAGGUCAAGGCAAACCAAGUGGUUUCCAGGAGCAGGCAUCUGUUGUCGUAGAGACUGUAACCAAGACAAGUUCAAUGAGCAAAUUUGCAUCCUUCCCACCAUUUGUAUCAGACGCUUCCAAGGUAACCGUAGACGGAAAUGGCGUAAAGAAGGGAUAUAGAAAUAAACAGUGUACAUUCAAUGUUGAUACGUCACAAGCUGGAUUCAAUAUGCUGUUUAUUGGAAUGGUUGGAACUAAAGGCCCAUGCGAGGAGCUGUGCGUAAAACACUUCCCCGGACAGCCAUAUAAGAUAACUUAUCUUGUAAAAGAACGUGGGGACUACAUGCUCGCCAUCAAGUGGGGAGAGGAACAUAUCCCAGGCUCACCCUUCUAUGUUAAAGUGGAAUAAUCCAACAAAAACAUUUUGAAUAGAGAUUAUAUCUAGGUCAUUUUUCAAAUUUCAUCACUAUGGACUUCAGCCAGUCAUUCGUGUCUCAAUGUGUUUAAACUGAAGACAUUGAACUAUUUCGAAUGCAUGCUGAAUAUUUUGACAUUUGAACAAAUAAAAAAACACAUUGAAAUCAUGUAGAAUGCCAAGCUUUGUGUUUGUAAAAAAUAUGCCGAAAAUAUAUUGGCAUAUGUGUAAACUGAAAUCUCAUUCACAAUGGUGCUUCCAUAUGGGUUGUAUGGGUUACUGUGUAACAGUGUAAACGAUAAGUUCUAACCUGUUCUAUUCUCUAUGCAAUAUAUUCUAUGUCUCUCAUGUAAAAUUGUACAUCUUUAGAUUUAUUCGAAAAUUUUACUUUUUGUAUAUUGCUUACUGUAAAUUUGAUAUAAAUAUUUCGUCCUGUCUACAUUUUUUGAAUAUUUAUUUAAGCACUUAUUCAAGUUUACAGAUAAAAGAACGAAAAAAUUUAAAAAAGGAUUCCAGAAUGGAUUAUAUACCUUUUGUCUUGGGUUUUUUUUUUACUGAAUACAAAUGAUAGUUUAUUAUUAUGAAUCUCGAUUUAUCUUAAGUGUAAAACCACUAGUGUAAAUGAUAAGUGUUUAUAUGUGGGUUUUCCGUUUCUUUAAUUCAGUUGAAAUUUUUUUGUUUCGUUUUUCUUUUUAUGUGUGCUUUUGUAUAUAAAGGCCAGUGCAAUUGAUAGAAACUGAAUUUUUCGAUUUAUACAUCUGUCAUUAGUAAAACUUUUCUCACGAAAUUCUAGAAUUAGACAGAGCCAAUCAGUGAUAAUCUUCUGAUGGUUUAAAGUCUAUAAAAGUGCUAAGGGUACAUUUUAAAUAUAUCCCUAUAUCAGAUGUAUUUCAAAUCAGAUAUAUAUUUUUUCAUUAUACGAUAAUGCAUUUUUUCAUAUACAAAUGCUUUCUUUUUAUAUAAGAUGAUAAUCUCAUAUAUGUUAUGCUAUAUGCAGCAAAAAAAUGAUGUAAAAAUGACUGUUGAUUGUUGAAAAAAAAAUGUUUAUGAAUUUGUUAUGUAUGUAAAAUAUUUUUCAUGGCCCCCCCGUAAUUUAUGACAAACUUAGUUUGACCUCCAAGGUCGAAAGAUUUUAAUUAUAAAUAAAGCUGGGAUUUAUUAUUAUCUAGAACAAAGUUUAGUGUAUGUCUUUCAAAUAAAACAAGCAGACAUUAUGAGGAUAUCUCAAAAAAAAAAGAAGAAAAUUUGGGCAUUUUGAUCAACUUGACCUUGGAGGUCAUAUGACCCUUUGUUCAAGACUGUACAUGUACAUAUUAAUAUGAAGGAUUGUUAUGUAACCAUUUAAUUUUGAGUGCUAUAGUCAUGUUAACCAAUUUUGCUUUCUAAAUCAUAUUAAAAUAUAUGCAACUGCUAAAUCAUUCUUUUUCUAUAUAUUUUUUUAAUUUCGUCAGAUAUUUUUGUCUUUUCUAGUAAGAAAAUUUAGUGAAUAAGACUUAGAAAGAAAAAAAUGAAAAUGGAGUUUCACUCCAAUAAUGGUAGGACUGAAAACCCAAACCAUUUUUCCCCCAUAAGAUUCAAACCAUAAACACAAACCCUAAAUGGAAAAAGGGCAUUUUUGAAGUAUAAAUACGGGGUCUUACUACUAUUUUGAAGAAUAAAGAAGUAUCCAUGGAAACAUGAUAGUUUUAUAACUGCCACUCUGAAUUGAGCAUAUUAUGCAGCUUUUAUAGAGCAAAUUUAUAUGUUACAUUUUGUCAAUAAAUAUAAAUUUUCUCUCA